AUGUCUGGAGGAUAUUACUCUCCUUUUGCUCCAAAUGCACAACAAACUGCUAAACCAGCUUCUGGUAAUAAACCUAUGGGAUCUGAAACAAUGAACAUUAGAUUAACUGUUGUUAAUGGAAAACAAUUAAAGGCUAAAGACUUAUUUACUUCUGAUCCUUAUGUUAUUGUCUCUGUUGGUGUUGAACAAAGAAAAACAAAGACAAUUAUGAAGAACUUAAAUCCAACUUGGGGAGACUCUUUUGAAUUUUAUAAUGUCUCUCCUGGUACUAUGGCUACUUUUACAGUUAUGGACUAUGAUAAACAUGGAAAAGAUGAUCCAAUGGGAAAUGCUUCGUUGGUUAUUCAAAAACUCCAACCAGGACAAAUGGCUACCAAUGAACUCCCACUCUCAACUAAAGGUUCAAUUUGUGUUCAAUACACUAUCCUCCCAAGUCCUUCAUCUGCUAAACAAAAUGCUAGUGCCUAUCCACCACAACAAGGCUAUGGACAACCAGGUGCUUACCCACCACAACAAGGUUAUCCACCACAAGGAGGAUACCCACAACCAGGAUAUCCACCUCAACAACCAGGUGCUUAUCCUGGCUACCCACCACAACAAGGAGGAUAUCCACAACCAGGAUAUCCACCUCAACAAGGCUAUGGACAACCAGGUGCUUACCCACCACAAGGAGGAUACCCACAACCAGGAUAUCCACCUCAACAACCAGGUGCUUAUCCUGGCUACCCACCACAACAAGGAGGAUAUCCACCCCAACAACCAGGUGCCUAUCCUGGUUAUCCACCUCAACAACCAGGCGCUUAUCCUGGUUAUCCACAAGGAGUUCCACAAAAGAAGUAA